AUGGCUUCCACACUCUCAGUCGUCUGGCACUGCACUUUGCUAGUUCUCCUCCUUGCUCAGCCCACGCACUCAUCCACCAUCCAGAAGCCCAAGGAUGCCACUGCCGAGCAGAAGCCUCUUCCUUCGAGCUCCCACACCUACAUCAUCCAGACCAACCACCUGGCCAAGCCGUCCCAGUUCGCCACCCUCGAGCGGUGGUACAGUUCCAUGGUGGCCACUCACUCGCCCCGUGCCGCCAUGAACUCCUCCAGUCGCCUCCUGCACACCUACGGCACGGUGAUGCACGGCUUCGCUGUGCGCCUCACGGAGGAGGAGUCCCGGCGCAUGUCGAGCACCCCUGGCGUGUCCGGCGUGUACAGGAGCAGGAUGCGCUACACCCAGACGACGAGAUCGCCUGGGUUCAUGGGCCUCCACGAGGAGUUCGGCGCGUGGCCGGACUCGGAGCUCGGCGACGGCGUCAUCAUCGGCUUCAUCGACUCCGGCAUCUGGCCGGAGAGCGCCAGCUUCAACGACACCGGUCUCGGCCCCGUGCGGUCCACCUGGAAGGGCACCUGCGUCGCCGCCGAGGGCUUCAACGCCAGCUUGUGCAACAACAAGCUGGUCGGUGCCAAGGUCUUCGCCGCCGAGCCUGGUGGCGCCCUCACCCCAAGGGACAAGGUCGGCCACGGCACCCACGUUUCCGGCACAGCCGCCGGAUCGGAGGUACGUGGCGCCAGCCUAUUCGGGUUCUCACGCGGCACCGCUCGCGGCGUGGCGCCUAGAGCACGGAUCGCCAUGUACAAGGCGUGCGAGGCGAAUGGAUGUACCGAGUCCAGCAUUGUGGCUGCGAUUGACGCCGCCGUCAGCGACGGCGUGGACGUGAUCUCCAUGUCCCUCGUAAGUCUUCGUCGACGACGUCCUCGCCGUCCAGCGUCGAACCCAGCCUUCCACGACGACGUCCUCGCCGUCGCCACGUUCGGCGCCGAGCGAAGGGGCGUCUUCGUCGUCCUCUCGGGAGGCAACAGCGGCCCGGAGGCGUCCAGCGUCGUCAACGUGGCUCCGUGGAUGACCACCGUAGGAGCGGCCACCACGGACCGGGUGUUCCCGGCGACGCUCAAGCUCGGCAACGGGGCGGUCGUCACAGGCCAGUCCCUGUACCCCGUGGAGGCCCAAGGAGGCACGAACAUGGUGCCGCUCGUGUACAGCUCCUGCGACAAGUAUGGCAUGAUACCCGACAACGUCACGGGAAAGGUUCUUGUGUGCAAGGUCGAACGCAACUACGUCGAGAGCGGCAUCUACGCGCAGAGAGCGGGUGGAGCCGGCAUAGUCGGCGUGCAAAGUGAGGCACGGUUCCGGGACGCGGUGACCGCCCGGGCGUUCACUCUCCCCGGCCUCACCCUCAGCUACAUAGGGCGCACGAAGCUGGACGCCUACAUGUCGUCCGUGCCGUACCCGGUCGCCUCGUUCGGCUUCUCCUGCGACACGGUGACCGGCGAGAACCGGGCGCCGAUGGUGGCGGGGUUCUCGUCUCGCGGCCCGAACUCGGUGGUGGCCGAGAUCCUGAAGCCUGACGUCGUCGCGCCGGGCGUGAACAUCCUCGCCGCCUGGUCCGGCGACGCGCCGCCUUCGGGCGCGCGGGAGGACUCCAGGAGGGUGGAGUACAACAUCAUGUCCGGCACGUCCAUGGCGUGCCCGCACGUGGCCGGCGCCGCGGCGCUGAUCAAGAAGAGGCACGGCGACUGGACCCCUGCCAUGGUGCGGUCGGCGCUGAUGACGACCGCGACGCCGCUCGACAAGAACGGCAGGCUCAUCCUCGACAACGGCGUCGGCUACCGCAGCAACUACGGCGUGGACGACAUGACCUGCGACGACGCGACUACGCUGGCGGCCGGCGCCGGGCUGGUCCUCCCGCGGCUCGCCAUGGACCCGGGGCUGGUGUACGACCUCGGCACGCAGGACUACGUCGACCUGAUGUGCACCCUGAACUACACCACGGAGCAGAUGCGCCGGUUCGUGCCCAGCAUGAGCGGGUGCGCGAGGACGCUCCCCGGCGGCGUGGGCAGCCUGAACUACCCGUCGCUGGUGGCGGUGUUCGACAGCCGCACCAGCGCCCGGACGCUGACGAGGACGGUGACCAAGGUGUCGGCGCAGGCCGAGACGUACAACGUGACCGUCGCCGCGCCGUCUGGGGCGAACGUGACGGUGACGCCGACGACGCUGGUGUUCAGGCGUCAGAACGAGAAGAAGAGUUACUCGGUGGAGUUCCGGAGCAACGCCGUGAUGCCGGCCGGAGCAUGGGAGUUCGGGCACAUCACUUGGGAGAACAGGAAACACCAAGUCAGGAGCCCCGUGGCCGUCCUGUGGGAGAAUUGA